AUGGCUCCUCUCAUCUUCCUCCUCCUACUCAGCCAAGUCCUUGUCUGCACAGCCGUUGAUAUCAUCAACUCCACCUCACCGUUGUCUGGGACGACACACAGGAUUGUAUCCCAGGGCAAGAAAUUCACCUUGGGAUUCUACUCCCCGACACAAGGUAACACCACCUCUUCCAGCUCCAACACCUACUACAUAGCCAUAUGGUACAGCGACAUACUGCCGGUGACGACGGUGUGGACGGCGACCACCGACGUGCCGGUUUCCGACCCGACCAGAGCCGCCUUGGCCAUGGGCAGCGAUGGCAACCUUGUCCUCUUUGACCAAUACAGGAACAGGGAGCUGUGGUCGACCAACGUGAGCGUACCCUCCAACUCCACCAUGGCCAUCAUCAGGGACACCGGUAGCCUCGACCUCACCGACGCCUCGAAUUCAUCCAUAAUUUAUUGGCGGAGCAUAGACCAUCCAACAAACACUUGGCUUCCAGGGGGGAAGCUCGGGCUGAACAAGAUCACCGGCGUGAGCCAGAGGCUUGUUCCUUGGAAGAACACGGCAGACCCAUCUCCAGGGCUGUUCACGCUGGAGCUGGACCCAAACGGCACGCCACAGCUUUUCAUCCAGUGGAAUCUGUCCAUAACCUACUGGUCCAGUGGCCCUUGGAACGGCCAUAACUUUAGCCUUGCACCGGAGAUGACAGUCGGUUUCACAUUCGACUUCCCAUUCAUCAACAACGACACUGAAGGCUACCUCUUCUACUCGCUGAGGGAUGACUCGGUCAUCUCGCGGUUCAUCAUCGACGUGGGCGGGCAGAUCAAGCAUCUGUCAUGGGUGGAUUCCUCACAGCAGUGGAUGUUAGUCUGGGCCCAGCCACCGAUCCAGUGCGAGGUCUACGCGCUCUGUGGGGCAUACGGCAGCUGCAACCUCAAUGCCCUGACGCACUGCAGCUGUGUCAAGGGGUUCAGCCAGAAGGUUCAGAGUGACUGGGACCUCCAGGAUUACAGCGGCGGGUGCAAGAGGAACACGCCAUUGCAUUGCCAGACCAACUCGACUUCUGCACAUGCACAGACUCAUCAGUCUGACAAGUUCUAUGUCAUGGAAGAUGUGUUGCUACCUGAUAACGCUCAGGGUGCAGUGGCUACAAGCUCUCACGAAUGUCAGGUGGUGUGUCUGGAUAGCUGCUCUUGCACCGCUUACACUUACAAUCACACUGGGUGCUUCAUUUGGCACGGGGACCUCGUUAACCUCCGAGAGCAGUACAGGGGAAAUGGAGGAGGCGAUCUCCUCCUCAGGCUCGCAGCAUCCGAGCUGGCAGACCCAAAAAAGCCCAAGAUGGUGAUCAUUGGUGUAGCUGCUGGUGUAGGCUUGAUAAUGCUUGCAAUGUUCUUCCGAUAUCAGAAAUGCUGCCGAGACAGAAGAAGUCAUUGGGUAUCCGAGAAUGCUGGGAUGAUAGCCGCACCGACUGGCUUCAGGUACAAUGAUCUAUUGGACGAUAUUCAAAGUAUUGAUUCGCUGCUUCUUGAUCUAUCAACGCUACGAGUUGCUACGAAUGACUUCGGCAAAGGAAAUAUGCUUGGUGCAGGAGGUUUUGGUAUGGUUCAUAAGGGAGUCCUACCUGACGGUAAACAAAUAGCAGUAAAAAGGCUAUGCCAGAGUUCCAAGCAAGGGAUAGGGGAGUGGAAAAGUGAACUUGUCCUGGUUGCUAAGCUUCGCCACAGGAAUCUUGUAAGCCUCAUUGGCAUUUGUUUGGAAGAACAAGAGAAAAUACUUGUGUAUGAAUUUAUGCCCAACAGAAGCCUUGAUACCAUUCUUUUUGAUUCGGAGAAAUGUAAGGACCUAGAUUGGGGAAGGAGAUUCAAGAUUAUCAACGGAGUUGCUAGGGGAUUACAAUAUCUCCACGAAGAUUCUCAGCUGAAGAUAGUUCACCGGGACCUGAAAGCAAGCAACAUCCUGUUGGACUUUGAUUACAACCCUAAGAUUUCUGACUUCGGCCUAGCAAAGAUAUUUGGAGGGGAUCAAUCAGAAGAUGUCACCAGCCGUAUCGCUGGAACAUACGGAUACAUGUCGCCUGAAUACGCCAUGCAUGGUCAGUACUCAACAAAGUCGGAUGCGUUCAGCUUCGGUGUUUUGGUUUUAGAGAUCGUCACAGGAAGAAGAAACAGUGGCUCCUGCACCUCCGAGAAAUACGUUUACCUCGUAAACCUUGUAUGGGAGCACUGGGUCAGGGGAAAUGUCAUCGAGCUGAUCGACGCAUCGCUUAGCAGGCAUCCUUCUCCCACUGAACAGGUGCUGAAGUGCAUCAAAAUCGGGCUACUGUGUGUGCAGAACAGGCCUAAAGACAGGCCGACAAUGUCGUCGGUAAACGUCAUGCUUAGCAGCCACAAUGUUCGUCUCCCUCCUGUUUCCAUGCCGGCCUUCUGUGACGGGUUGAACGGGUGCAGUGAUAAUUCAGAAGCGGCGUCCUCAAAUGGGGUAACCAUGACAAGGCUCGACCCAAGAUGA